AUGCUCAGUUUUGUUAGUGGGGGAGAAAGGAAAGGACCAUCAGAUAAAGAGGUUGUCACUCCUUGGUUUAAGUUCCUCUGGGAGACAUACAGGGCGGUUCUUGAGAUACUAAGGAACAAUUCAAAGCUUGAAGCGUUAUAUGCUGAAGCCUUCCGAUCUGUGGAAGAUAUCCAUGGUUUUGAUGAGCAUGCCUUCAAGAGCUUCUCUUCUAUCCAAUUGGUGUCCAAAGGAGUCCUUUCAUGUGCUUCCCAAGAAGUGCGAGAUUUAUACAACCUUUUGGAACAUGAGUUUCUCCCUCUGGACCUUGCAUCAAAAGUGCAGCCACUUCUUUCAAAGAUUUCAAAGAUUGGAGGGAAGCUUUCAUCAGCUUCUUCUGUUCCAGAGGUUAAGUUAUCUCAGUACAUAUCAGCAUUGGAGAAGCUGACAACAUUGAGAGUGCUGCAACAGAAGAUUUCUGUUGAUGCUGUGAAACACAAUUUUGUUGCUAUAAAAGUUAACCAUUUAUCAGGAGCUGUUCAUUUUGGUACUGUGUGGAGAAUGAACAUAAAGAGGCUUCUUGCAAGAAAGUCCAUCAUUGAAAAGCGCAAAGAAGAGCUUGAGCGCAAAAUAUUGGAGAAGGAGCUUACUAAGGAGGCCAUCAUGGAAUUGGCAUUGAAUGAACAGUUGAAGGAGCGCCAGGAAAUGGAGAAAAAACUGCAGAGGCUUGCAAAAACAAUGGAUUAUCUGGAAAGGGCAAAAAGGCAGGAAGAGGCACCACUGAUCGAGCAAGCUUUCGAGAAACGUCUUGAGGAAGAGAAGAUCCUUCACGAGCAAGAGCAGCUUCGGGAGAUUGAACUCAGCAAGCAACACCAUGCUGGCGACUUGCAAGAGAAAAAUAGACUUUCUCGAAUGUUGGAACACAAGAAUGCUUUCCAGGAGAAAAUCGUCCAACGUCAUGAAGCUGAGUUUGGCCGUCUGAAAAAAGAGAGAGAUGAACGGAUCAGUCAGCUGAUAUCAUCAAGAAAGCGUGAAAGGGAGACAUCAAAAUGGCCGUGGUGCAUUGUAAAAAAGGAAGAGAGGAGGAAGAGAGAGGAGGCUGAAAGGAAAGCUAAGCUUGAUGCUAUUGCUGAAAAGCAGCGACUGAGAGAGAUGGAGUUGGAGGAGAAGGCAAAGACGAGCAGGGAGAAGCUCUUGAAGGGAUCUGAGGCUGUGCACACUCCUGAUUCUACACCUGUUGCACAGCCACCUCGUGAGCCAGCAGCAGCCCCUGCUGCAGCUGCGGCAGCCGCUGCUCCAGCUCCUGGUAGAUAUGUUCCUAAGUUUAAACUCAGCGGCGAUAGCGGCAGCAGCUCUGGUGGCAGCCAGAGGCCAACAGAUGUGCGCUCACGCGAUGAAGACCGCUGGGGUCCACCUGGUGGGAGCCAGAGACCAACAGAUGUGCGCCCACGGGAUGAAGACCGCUGGGGUCCACCUGGUGGCAGCCGGAGGCCAACAGAUGUGCGCCCACGCGAUGAAGACCGCUGGGGUCCACGUGGAGAGCGCUCGCGCCCUGAUGAGUGUUCACUCAGGCAAGAUGGCCCUCCUGCGCGACAGGAUGCACCCCACCCCGCCAAGAUGGCCCUCCUCCGGCUACUGACCGCUGGCGUGGUGGAUCAAGAUUUUCCUCAAACUCUUCGUCCUCCUCGUCGACCUGGUCCACCAGGCCACGGAACCAAUGCCGUGCCGCUGAGAUUUUUUGCCAUAUAUGUCAUUGUGGAGACAUCCGUGCACAAUGUCUGCUAG